AUGCAUCAGGUACACCGUGUUUAGUUUUCUCCGUUUUCACGCCAUUCCUUUUCAGUCUUCGACGUCAAAGACUCGAAACAGCUCUAAUCACGAUUUAACCAUGCCCAUUACGAAUAAACUAUUAAAACCUGUCGUAUUUCACAGGCUCCUGACAUCAAGUGGUCUGCAAGUCUAGCCAGUGAUGCACAAAAGUGGGCAGACUAUCUUGCUGCAAAUAACCAAUUUAAACACGACCCAAAUCUUCAGGGCCAAGGAGAAAACCUCUACGGGAGUUCUGGAGACAGCCAACAAUCCUGUCGAUAUGCAACUACAGCAUUCUAUAACGAGGUGAAGGACUACGAUUUUGAUAAUCCUGGAUUCACAAAGGGAACUGGACAUUUCACCCAGGUACAUAGUUUUUCUUUCACACUUUCUAUCAAUCCCACUUUCAUUGAUCCUACUAGCCUUCUUCGGUAUCAAUAUUUUCUAUCUCCCUUUUUUCAGCAUAUUUCUUCCUGCUAAUCCUCUCACCUUUUUUCAUUUCACAUCUCCACACUUCUCCCCUUUUUUCUUUUCUUUCUUUCGUUUGUCUUAUUGUCGAAAUGCUUUCAGCCAGACACAACUUUCCUUGCCAAUCACCAAGACUAAAAUUAAACUUCAUGUUUUUCAUAGGUCGUAUGGGUCAAAUCAACAGAGUUCGGCGUUGCUAAGGCAGAAAAAAAUUCUGGUGGUACAAUAUUGGUAUUUCGUUAUUCUCCACCAGGGAACUACCUUGGACAAUUCCCUGAAAAUGUCAAGCCUAAGGUCUCUGGAGUUAGUACGAUCCCUCCUAACGUCAGUACGAUUCAUCCCGACAAUAGUACGACCCCAACUGGGUCAGCUGUAUGUCAUGGUACAUCAAUCAUACACAUACUGACAAUUGGAAUUUUGUCACUUUUGCUGCAAGCACUCGCAUAG